AUGAAGGCCUUUAUCACAUUCGCCGUCCUGGCUUUGGCCACCGUAUCCAACGGAUCGUACCUUCCGGCCGCUCAAUCGGUUCUUCCGUACUCCUACAACUCCGGAGUCUAUGGCCUGAAUGCGUACGACGGAUAUGGUCACUAUUCUUCGCUUGGUGGCUUGGGAUACUCUUCGCUGCUGGACCACGGACUGUCGCAUCCUUACUCUACGGGUCUGCCAUACUCCGGCUAUAACCAAGGCCUAUACGGAUACUACGGAUCAAAGUACGCUCCGACUGUUGUCCAGGCCAACGUCAACACCCUGAACACGGUUGACCAUCUGGGAGUCUAUGGCGGUUACGCCGCUGCUCUGCCGUACUCCGGCUACAACCAAGGCGGAUACGGAUACGGAUACAACAACUACCUACCGGUGGCCCAUGCUGCCAAAUACGUGGCUGCCAACCCGGGAGCUGUGCACGUGGCUCCUCUACCGGGACAUCUCGUCAACCAGAAGUCGAUUGUGGCUUAA